AUGGCGAUCCAGCACACAUGCUGUUAUGCGCAACCCCGGCGAAUCCACCCACCCGGAAGCUGCCUCACAAUCCCCGGGGCAGUGUGAACUGGCGUCAUACCGCGGGUCAAACCGCCGGACACACUGGUGGGCAUUAAGCACAGCGUCGACUUCGGCGGCGUGCAUUGGGUAACCGUCGCCACUCAACGGCCGCGACACGCUUCAAGGCGCGGCGACAUAUCCUGUAUCGGCGUGUCAGCGGAGGAACGGAAGCGUACCAUGGCAGGCGGGGACUUCGAGAAGCGGAGGAGCGCAUGCGACAUCUGUAUUGCGAUCGAUUCGUUAAGUACCAAGCGGCCUCCCCGAUCCUGAGCUAGUGCUAGUGCGCCGCGACCUCUUCCCUGCAAGCUCACCGCGAUCAUGGCUGGUUCGCUCUUCCAGAACGCCUACUAUGUAGUCAACAUGAUCAACGCCAUCCUCUACGGCGUCGAGCUCGUCUUGUACUUCCGGAUCCUGCGACAUGUGUGCCUUAGCGGAAAGCGCACGCCCAUGGACAAGUUCCUCACUGUGUUCAGCACCGCGCUCGUUCUCCUCAACACAAUAUACUGGACGACACAGGCGUACUUCGGUGAAAUGAUGUGGGUUAUACAUGCGGACUACCCUGGAGGACAGGACGCGUAUUGGAACGACUUCGCGUCGGUGUGGUACCAGACCUGGGGCACCGUCGCGUGCGUGAUGUGCAACCUCAUGAACGACGCGCUCCUGGUGUACAGGUGUUUCGUGAUUUGGAAUAGCCGUAGGAUCAUCAUUCUCCCAGUCAUCCUAUGGUGCGCAUCACUAGCGUUCGCCUUUGGCCUGCUCUACGAGUCCGGGCGCCCGAACGGCAAUUAUUUCGCCGGCAUCGCGACGCGCUUCGUGACUGCGUACACCGCGUCCACAUUCGCCUUCAACGUGAUCGUCACCGCGCUCAUCGUCGGGCGCAUCGUCACCGUCGGGCGCCGGCUUGGCUACGCCACGAGCGGGAAAGGCGGGGGCGGCGAGUUCCGCGCGUACACGGGCGCGGUCGCGAUCGUCGUCGAAAGUGCGCUGCCGUUCACGGUCUUCAGCGCCGCGUAUCUCGUCACGUACGGGAUCGGGAGCGACAUCGCCGUCGCGUUCUCGUUCUACGCCAUGUUCACCUGCAUCUCCCCGCUUCUGAUCACGCUCCGCGUUCUGUCGCGCCGCGCGUGGACACGAGACUCCUGCACGCUCUUCACUACCACGAUCAGCUACCGCGGCGCGACCGACUACGUCACCACGACGGGCGCGCUCCCCCUAGGGGAUCUCCCAGAGAAGGGCGCGCAGGAUCUCGACGACACGAAACACGAUGCAGCCUCGGAUGUACGAGAAAUCGACAUCGCAAGGCUUCCCGUCUGAGUCUCAAGCUCAGCACUAGGAUCGGACAAUGUGCUUGGGGACGGACUUCACUGAUGUAUGUUACUGUACUUGUAUUCUACCUAGCCCGGGGGUUCUUCGCCACAGCAGAGAUCUCAUAAAAGCAACAUACGGCCCAUGUACUAUGCAAUCGUAGUACGUGUAGUGAAAUGUAAUACUGGAAAUUGGGACCCAUUAUGAAGAGGUC